AUGAGUACCGAACAGAAAGAAAUGUCACAUCUUGGUGAAAACCAUUCAGAUGCAGAAGAGUCAGACACAGUUCAUCAUCAUAGCCAUCAUGAACAUGAAGAAGAACAUAAUAUCGUUCCGGAGGACUCCGCAAGUACAGCAAGUUCACUGCUAAGAGCACAGAAGAGAGCAGCUGCCAAGAAGGCGGCCAUUGUAGCAGAGCAGGCAGCCUUAGAGCAGUUACAAGCCCUUGAACUUGAAGAGUUAAAGCUAUGUCAAAAGAAAGUGCAGUUGUCCUUUAGCACCAAGUUAGCAAUUGCUAAAGCAGAGGAAGAAGUUUACACAUUGAAUGAGGAUAGUGAUGACACUGAGGUAAAAAUACAACAUAUCCAGCACCCCCCUGCUCCUAAUUUGUCAGCAUUAGAUACAUCCGCAGCGCCACCACACGUUGAGAUUUCUGAUGAAAAGGUGGAACCAGUGAGCAGCACUCCUACUGGUAAUGGAGCCCAGACACAUUUCCCCCCGAGUUUGUCCGCAUCGGAAAUUCAUCCAGUUCCUCAAGUUCAGAAAGUCGACAUAGAGACUACCAACCCGACUGUAGACGAAGGAUCCAUCUCUCGGAUAAUGGAGCAAAAUCAACUGCAGCAGCAACGUUUGUUUGAAGUGAUGCAAAUGCCUCGAGCAGAACUAUUAACAUUCGACGGUGAUCGUUUGCAGUAUUGGACAUUCAUAAGAUCAUUUGAGAACAGUGUGGACAGUUCGAAUAUAGAGGACAGUGCAAAGUUGGUUCGCUUGAUACAGUAUUGUUCUGGAUGUGGUAGAAAACAUACAAAGUUUCUGCAUCAGACAAAGUUUAUCCCUCAAGGUUUCUCUGCUUCAAAUACCGAGGCUGCACAGGCAGAAAUAGCUACGACAGCGCAGAGUGGUUUCACAGAAACAGACACAAGUUGUAACAGCACUGGGGUCGGCACAACUAGAGUCGCAUUGCCAAUCGUUCCAGUGAAAGUCACAGCUGGGAGCAGCAACAUUUCCGUAUGCACAUAUGCACUUCUUGAUAGCGGAUCGACAAGCACGUUCUGCACCGAGGAAUUAGCGAGGCAACUGAAGGUUCAAGGUGAACAGCAGUUAUUAUCUUUGACCACUAUGACAAAGGCUAAUGUGCAGACGGAAACAACAGUUGUAAGCCUGGCUGUAAUGGGUAUUGACUCCGAAUCCACAGUUGCCCUACCAGUGGUGUAUACUCGACGUGAACUACCAAUCCAUGGCAGUAAUUUAGCGAAGCCAGAAGACAUCGAAAAGUGGGCACACUUACGAGGAAUAAAUCUGCCACAAGUUGACACGGGAAGAGUUUCUCUAUUGAUUGGGCAAGAUGUCCCAGAGGCACUCAUGCCGUUAGAGGUCAGAGAGGGUGGAAAGAACACUCCCUUCGCACUGAGAACACAGCUUGGCUGGACCCUAAAUGGACCCCUUGGAAAGACGAUCAAGCACGAAGCCAUCUCAAACUUUAUUGAGACAGAUGUAGAAUUAGAAUGUCAGCUUCAAAGGUUCUGGAAGUUGGACACAAGCGAAUCACUUCACGACGACACUAAAGGGAUGUCAAUAAAGGACAAGCAAGCCAUAGCCAUAUGGGAGGAGAGUAUCCAGAUGAAGGACGGUCACUAUGAACUUGCAAUCCCAUUCAGAAAUCGGCCACCAGACUUGGUUAAUAACCGUUGUAUGGCAGAACGACGCCUCCAGUCGCUAGGUAAACGCCUCCAAGGAGACACACAGUUGAAGUUGAAGUACAGUGAAGGUAUGAAAGACCUUGUCGCCAAGAAGUAUGCAGAAAUAGUGAAUGAAGACGAGCUAGCUCAUAAUGGCACAGUGUGGUACCUACCACACCAUCCAGUAUACCACCCGAUGAAACCUGAGAAGUUGAGAAUAGUAUUUGAUUGUGCAUCCAUGCAUCAUGGGAUGUCCUUGAACAAUCAAGUACUGAGUGGACCAGACUUAACCAACAAGUUGCUUGGGGUACUUUUGAGGUUCAGGCAAGAAACAGUGGCCCUCAUGGCCGAUGUUCAAGCCAUGUUUCAUCAGGUGAGGGUUUCCCCGGAAGACCGUGAUGUAUUGAGGUACUUAUGGUGGCCCGACGGGGACAUGUCAAAACAACUGUCUGUUCACAGGAUGAAUGUACAUCUUUUUGGUGGCACAUGGAGUCCCAGUUGUUGCAACUUUGCACUGCGGCACACGGCUAAGGAUAACUGCAGCGACUUCCAUCCAGACACAGUUGAUACUGUGUUACGUAAUUUCUACGUCGACGACUGUCUCAAGUCAGUAAGCACUGAAGAAAAGGGAAUAGAGAUUGCUCGAGAAUUGUGUAGUCUCCUAGCAAGAGGCGGUUUUAAGUUGACAAAGUGGAUAAGCAACAACACAAAGGUUCUAGCAUCAAUUCCAGUGGAAGAAAGAGCCAAGGAUGUUAAGGAGCUUGACCUGAAUUAUGAAGCAUUGCCAACAGAGAGAGCACUUGGGAUGCAGUGGGAUGUUGAACAUGACUGCUUCGGUUACAAGAUUAGUCCAAAGGAGAAACCUUUGACACGAAGAGGAAUACUUAGUGUGGUUAGUUCCAUCUACGAUCCACAUGGAUUUGUAAGUCCAUUCACCCUCAAAGCUAAGUUGAUAAUACAAGACCUUAGUCGGAAAAAGCUUGGCUGGGAUGAGGCACUGGGACCAGAACCCCUUGGUAGAUGGCUAAAGUGGAAGCAAGAUCUACCCAAGAUCGAGGAAUACAAGAUUAAUCGUUGUUUGAAACCCAACGAUUUCGGAGAAGUAGAAAGUUACCAGCUCCAUCACUUUUCUGAUGCAUCCGAGUUAGCCUAUGCAGCGGUGAGUUAUCUACGUAUGACUAGCAAAGAGCACAUCCAUUGCUGCCUUCUUCUGGCAAAAGGGCAUCUUGCUCCAAUCAAGAAGGUUACUAUACCCAGACUAGAGCUAAUGGGAGCGACACUUUCCGUCAAGCUUGACGCAAUGAUGCGAAGAGAACUAGAAUUGGAUUUCCCCAUAGACGAGUCUAUAUUUUGGACGGAUAGUACAAUUGUACUACAGUACGUGAAGAAUGAAGAAAAGCGUUUUCACACAUUUGUGGCCAACAGGAUUUCACUCAUACACAGUGGAUCAUCACCGAGUCAAUGGCAUCAUGUUGAUUCAAAGUCAAAUCCUGCUGAUGAUGUCUCCAGGGGAUUGUCAGCAACAGAAAUGAUAGACAACGAGCGUUGGUUACAUGGACCGAGCUUCCUAUGUCUCGACAAAGAGGACUGGCCGAAGUCACCACUCCUAAGACAACUUAAGGACGAGGAUCCGGAAAUCAAACCAAACAAAGAAGUGGUCACUAUAUAUGCUACAUACAGUCCUGCUCAGAACUUAAUAGACAAGCUGUUGGAAUGA